AGGACUGCGGGGAAACUAAGUGACAUAUUUAGGAUGGUGCUGCAUGAACUUUGAACUGUGCAGUGCGUUGCAUUUGAAUACACAGCCGAUUCUUUCAACAGCACAUCAUUGAUAGUCCGUGCUUAUUUUCUUGUCUACGAGUUCAUACAUGUUGUCCACUACACAGUUAAAGGAGGAUCCGUGCUCGUGACAUUAUAAUUGUGACACUUAUUAUAAUUGUGAUACAUAUUACAAUUGUGACAUGUAAUAGGGGCAGAAACAUCAAAAAAAAAAAAAUUGAAUGAAACAUGCUCAACGUGGGUAGGACUGUCCAAACUGCUGUUGAACUAUCUCCACGAUCACUUCUCUACUUGGGCUCCUGCAGCCACAAGGGAACGAUCGGUGGUCAACGGAGAGGUCAGCGCUGCUCACGGCGUCAGGCGUCCACGACGACCAACACGACGGGGGUCCCAUCACGUCACGUGACAGGGGCGCGGCCCCAGGUAGAGCAGGAGGAGGUGGGCAGCGGGAAUGCUACUCCCCCGUUUGCCCACGCUAAGCUGGGCCCCUUCUUUCAAGAGAGGCCACGACUUGAUAAUCAGUACACCCAGGACGUUUUCUUGAAGAGUUUUUUGAAGAGGCAUUUGCCUAAGGAGGUAAGUUUGAGAAUGGAUUUUUCAUAUUUCCUUGAUAGAUCAUGUGACUUUUGUCUUUUGAUACUAUGCUGACGUCACAUCAGUUUUGAAAUCAGUUUUAUCAUACACGUCCCCCCUUUUUAAAACACGUUUUUAUGAAUCCUCCAAAGCCCUGCUCCUGGUCAUCAAAGUCAAAUAAAGGAACCAAACAACACUGUCACUGUCUCACUUUGUCACUGUCUCACUUUGUCACUGUCUCGAUGUGUCACUAUCUCACUUUGUCACUGUCUCACUUUGUCACUGUCUCGAUGUGUCACUGUCUCACUUUGUCACUGUCUCACUUUGUCACUGUCUCACUUUGUCACUGUCUCGAUGUGUCACUGUCUCACUUUGUCACUGUCUCGAUGUGUCACUGUCUCACUUUGUCACUGUCGCACUUUGUCACUGUCUCGAUGUGUCACUGUCUCACUUUGUCACUGUCUCGAUGUGCCACUGUCUCACUUUGUCACUGUCUCGAUGUGUCACUGUCUCACUUUGUCACUGUCCCGAUGUGUCACUGUCUCACUUUGUCACUGUCUCACUUUGUCACUGUCUCGAUGUGUCACUGUCUCACUUUGUCACUGUCUCACUUUGUCACUGUCUCGAUGUGUCACUGUCUCACUUUGUCACUGUCUCGAUGUGUCACUGUCUCGAUGAGUCACUGUCUCACUGUGACACUGUCUCACUGUGUCACUAUCUCACUGUGUCUCACUGUGUCACUGUUUCACUGUCUCACUGUGUCAUUGUGUCACUGUCUCACUGUGUCACUGUUUCACUGUCUCACUGUCCCACUGUGUCACUGUGUCAUUGUCUCCCUCUCUCACUGUGUCACUGUCUCACUGUCCCACUGUUUCACUGACUCACUGUGUCACUGUCUCACUGUGUCAUUGUGUCACUGUCUCACUGUCUCACUGUCUUACUGUGUCACUGUCUCACUGUGUCACUGUCUCACUGUGUCACUGUCUCACUGUGUCACUGUCUCACUGUGUCACUGUCUCACUGUGUCAAUGUCUCACUGUGUCACUGUCUCACUGUGUCACUGUUUCACUGUUUCACUGUGUCACUGUUUCACUGUGUCACUGUCUCACUGUCUCACUGUGUCACUGUUUCACUGUGUCACUGUAUCAACUUGUCACUGUCUCACUGUGACACUGUUUCACUGUCUCACUGUGUCACUGUGUUACUUUGUCAAUGUCUCACUGUGUCAUUGUGUCACUGUGUCACUGUCUCACUGUCUUGCUUUCUCACUGUCUCACUGUGUCACUGUCUCACUCUGUCAAUGUCUCACUGUUUCACUGUCUCACUGUGUCAUUGUCUCCCUCUCUCACUGUGUCACUGUCUCACUGUCCCACUGUUUCACUGACUCACUGUGUCACUGUCUCACUGUGUCAUUGGGUCACUGUGUCAUUGGGUCACUGUCUCACUGUGUCACUGUCUCACUGUGUCACUGUCUCACUGUGUCACUGUCUCACUGUGUCACUGCCUCACUGUGAACUGUGUCACUGUCUCACUGUCUGACUGUGUCACUCUCCCUGUGCUUAAGUUCAAGUAGAUAUAGGAACACAAGCUGUAUGUAUUUAUAAGAAAGCUGAAGGUGAAGUUAAGAGAAACUUCAUCUUCAGAUGCUACGACUGAGAGCAUCUUCCACGUAACAUAAUAUGCACAGACAACCUGGUUUAAAUUAGAGGACAAUAUGGCAAUAUGCACAGAAAACCUGUUUUAAAUUAGAGGACAAUGAUAGGACACUACGCAGAAUAAAAUAGUUUAUAACACUAAAACAAUAUGAUUAUUCCAGAGAUCUUGAUGAAAUAAAGAUAUUAUGAACAGUUGAACUCAUCUCUAUUCGUAUCAGUUAAAGAUUAGCUGUGGUCUGGACUUUGGCAUUUAUAAAAGUGCAUUUUCAGUGGCAUUGUAGUAGUAGGCUUACUACACUAGCUUAGGAACAGUGUCUGUGGUGGCAUGGUGGCAUGGUGGCAUGGGGGCAUGGUGGCAUGGGGGCAUGGUGGCAUGGUGGCAUGGUGGCAUGUUUUUUGGGGCAGCACGUUUGGCCCACUGCAGCAAGAAAGUUUUUUUUUAUGUUUAAAAUGAGAUACACGAUGUGACAUAUGUGACAUGUGACACACCAUUUUAUAAUUAUCCAUUAUAUGCUUUUUAUUUUUAUCUGACCUACCAAAGUGAGACUAUCUCACUGGCCCAAAACCAACAUAACAGCCUACCGAAAUUAGGCCAAAGUUUUGACACAUUUUUUUGGUGAUACUAAUUACCUGACCUGCGCUGAAGUAUUGUUUCCGAAGCGCAAGAAAUAAACAAAAGUUAAAAUGUGGAACAGAAACAACUGUAACACUGCGAAGGAAAUUUUCCCAUAGAUUUCAUUAAAUGAAAUUUUAUCUACAAGAGAAAGGAAAGUGAGGAAAAAAUUGUUAAAAAAAAAGGUAAUUAUUGGGUAAAAUAAAGAACCAAAAAAAGAAAUGAAUAAUUGAAGGUGAGUUUAAUUUUGUGUGCAUUUGAGUGUGUGUGUGUGUGUGUGUGUACAAUUGUGUGUGUGUGUACAAUUGUGUGUGUGUGUGUGUGUGAAGAGGGGAGAGAGAGAGAGAGAGAGAGAGAGAGAGAGAGAGAGAGAGUCUGUGUGUGUGUGUGCGUGUGUGUGUAAUUUAUAAUUUAUAUGUAUCGUAUAUAUGGAUAAGGCCAUCAGUGUUCACAAAGUACCAUCAGUAGAUGCAGAAACAGUUUUGUGUGUGUGUGUGUGUGUGUGUGUGUGUGUGUGUAAUUGUGUGUGUGUGUGUAUUUGUGUGUGUGUGUGUGUGUGAGGAGGGGAGAGAGAGAGAGAGAGAGAGAGAGAGAGAGAGAGAGAGAGAGUCUAUGUGUUUGUUUGCGUGUUUGUGUAAUUUAUAAUUUAUAAGUAUCGAAUAUAUGGAUAAGGCCAUCAGUGUUAACAAAGUACCAUCAGUAGAUGCAGUAACAGGGCCCCAUAUAAAGCUAUCAGGUUUAUCAAGGUAUGAGCAGUAGAUGCAGUAACAGUGCUAUCAAGGGCGGAGCACAUGAAGAAAAUAUACAUGCAGUAAUAUGGAAAGACUUGUAUCAACUUCUAAUCUUAAUUGUAAUAUUGACUUUAUUUAUUUUUCAACAAAAUAUUUGGUUGUCUUUUGUCUCUCCAUUGUGAAUGUAGUUUUAUGUUUACGUUGUUACAGCGAAUUGGUUCAGGUAUUGGUGUGCAUGCCUUUUAUGUUUCAUAAAGGUCCUACAUCAUGUGUUUACAUCAGGUGUUUGCAUCAGGUGUUUACAUCAGGUGUUUACAUCAUGUGUUUACAUCAGGUGUUUACAUCAGGUGUUUACGACAUGUGUUUGCAUCAAGUGUUUACAUCAUGUGUUGACAUCAGGUGUUUACAUCAUGUGUUUACAUCAUGUGUUUACAUCAGGCUUUUACAUCAUGUGUUUACAUCAGGUGUUUACAUCAGGUGUUUGCAUCAGGUGUUUACAUCAUGUGUUUACAUCAUGUGUUUACAUCAGGUGUUUACAUCAUGUGUUUACAUCAUGUGUUUACAUCAGGUGUUUACAUAAUGUGUUUUAUAUCAGGUGUUUACAUCAGGUGUUUACAUCAGGUGUUUACAUCAGGUGUUUACAUCAGGUGUUUACAUCAUGUGUUUACAUCAGGUGUUUACAUCAUGUGUUUUAUAUCAGGUGUUUACAUCAGGUGUUUACAUCAGGUGUUUACAUCAGGUGUUCACAUCAGGUGUUUACAUCAGGUGUUUACAUCAGGUGUUUCCAUCAGGUGUUUACACGCUGCAUGUUUUGUCAGGGCGUCUACCUCCCCAACUCGAUUGGUGACAAUUAACAUACAGCCAUUGGUGACAACAUAAAGCCAUUGGUUACAACAUACAACCAUUGGUGACAAUUAGCAUACUGCAAUUGGUGGCAAUUGACAUACAGCCAUUGGUGACAAUUAACAUACAUCCAUUUGUGACAAUAAACAUACAGGCAUUGUUGACAAUAAAGUUACAGCCAUUGGUAAGCUGAAGUUCUUCCAUCUCUUUCCAGCACUUCCAUGUCAUCAAUGAGGACCUUACCAGAUUUGGACAGCGUGCUGUUGGUGAGAUUUAUGAGCUGUCGUUGCGCAUGGAAGCUGAACAGCCCAGGGUAGGUUGUUAGACAUUAACACGCCAGUCGAAGAGACCUUAUGGGGUACAUUGAAUAUGAACAGACCAGGGUAGGUUGUCAGACAUUAACACGCCAGUCGAAAAGACCGUAUGGGGUGCAUUGAAUAUGAACAGCCCAGGGAAGGUUGUCAGACAUUAACACGCCAGUCGAAGAGACCUUAUGGGGUGCAUUGAAUAUGAACAGCCGAGGGAAGGUUGUCAGACAUUAACACGCCAGUCGAAGAGACCUUAUGGGGUACAUUGAAUAUGAACAGCCCAGGGAAGGUUGUCAGACAUUAACACGCCAGUCGAAGAGACCGUAUGGGGUGCAUUGAAUAUGAACAGCCCAGGGAAGGUUGUCAGACAUUAACACGCCAGUCGAAGAGACCUUAUGGGGUGCAUUGAAUAUGAACAGCCCAGGGAAGGUUGUCAGACAUUAACACGCCAGUCGAAGAGACCGUAUGGGGUGCAUUGAAUAUGAACAGACCAGGGAAGGUUGUCAGACAUUAACACGCCAGUCGAAGAGACCGUAUGGGGUGCAUUGAAUAUGAACAGCCCAGGGUAGGUUGUCAGACAUUAACAGUACACUAUAGACUUGAUGAGAGGCAUGCGGCAUAUCUCCUAUGUUAUAAAACUACAUUUAAAAUUAACAAAAGAAAUGUUUUAAUUUAUAUUAUACAUGGUUUUAGAGCAGGCUUUUUUUUCGCCAAGAUCCGCUCAAGGUCUGCUCAAGGUCCGCUCAAGAUCCGCUCAAGGUCCGCUCAAGAUCCGCUCAAGAUCCGCUCAAGAUCCGCUCAAGGUCCGCUCAAGGUCCGCUCAAGAUCCGCUCAAGAUCCGCUCAAGAUCCGCUCAAGAUCCGCUCAAGGUCCGCUCAAGAUCCGCUCAAGGUCCGCUCAAGGUCCGCUCAAGGUCCGCUCAAGAUCCGCUCAAGAUCCGCUCAAGGUCCGCUCAAGGUCCGCUCAAGAUCCGCGCAAGAGCCGCUCAAGAUCCGCUCAAGAUCCGCUCAAGGUCCGCUCAAGGUCCGCUCAAGGUCCGCUCAAGAUCCGCUCAAGAUCCGCUCAAGAUCCGCUCAAGGUCCGCUCAAGAUCCGCUCAAGGUCCGCUCAAGAUCCGCUCAAGGUCCGCUCAAGAUCCGCUCAAGGUCCGCUCAAGAUCCGCUCAAGGUCCGCUCAAGAUCCGCUCAAGGUCCGCUCAAGAUCCGCUCAAGGUCCGCUCAAGAUCCGCUCAAGGUCCGCUCAAGAUCCGCUCAAGGUCCGCUCAAGAUCCGCUCAAGGUCCGCUCAAGAUCCGCUCAAGGUCCGCUCAAGAUCCGCUCAAGGUCCGCUCAAGAUCCGCUCAAGGUCCGCUCAAGAUCCGCUCAAGGUCCGCUCAAGAUCCGCUCAAGGUCCGCUCAAGAUCCGCUCAAGGUCCGCUCAAGAUCCGCUCAAGGUCCGCUCAAGAUCCGCUCAAGGUCCGCUCAAGAUCCGCUCAAGGUCCGCUCAAGAUCCGCUCAAGGUCCGCUCAAGAUCCGCUCAAGGUCCGCUCAAGAUCCGCUCAAGGUCCGCUCAAGAUCCGCUCAAGGUCCGCUCAAGAUCCGCUCAAGGUCCGCUCAAGAUCCGCUCAAGGUCCGCUCAAGAUCCGCUCAAGGUCCGCUCAAGAUCCGCUCAAGGUCCGCUCAAGAUCCGCUCAAGGUCCGCUCAAGAUCCGCUCAAGGUCCGCUCAAGAUCCGCUCAAGGUCCGCUCAAGGUCCGCUCAAGGUCCGCUCAAGAUCCGCUCAAGAUGCGCUCAAGAUCCGCUCAAGGUCCGCUCAAGAUCCGCGCAAGAGCCGCUCAAGAUCCGCGCAAGAGCCGCUCAAGAUCCGCUCAAGAUCCGCUCCUGAAGAAAAAAAAAUAAAAAUAAAACCGCCUCACUCCCAGCUCCGGCAAAAUUGAAAAAGGAGGCGGGGUGGGGGGGUGGUCUUUUAGGGGGGGGGGGUUCUUAGUGUUUAAAGAGAUGUGUUUGAUACUGUCACUAACCCAUUUUAUGAACUUUGUCGUUGGACAGUUAGAACAGAUUGACGCGUGGGGGAGGAGAGUGGACAAGCUGGUCACCUCAACGGCAUGGCACAGAAUGAAAGAAAUCGCAGCUGAGGAAGGAAUGAUAGCAUGCGGCUAUGAGAGAGCAUUUGGAGAAUGGAGGUGUUUAUUUUUUUACAAUAUUAAGAGUUGUCUUUUGUUCAACAACGAGAUGUGUGUCAAACACUUUGUCAAUUAUCUCCACUUCACUUCUUUAUGGGGUACGUUCACGAAGAAAAAAGAAAUCUUCGGAAAGAAAAGAGCAUGAGUUGGUGCAUUUCCGCUAUCAUAUCGUUUGUGGGUGUCAUGGUUUGGCUAAGUGAACAUGGAUUGGAUGACGUCACCAUGAAUUGAGAUGAAAGAAACUAUUCAGAGUAAAAGUAUACAUUUUAUUUUAAAAGUAUAUUAUAGGGUCCAUUUUAAUUAAGCCUGCUUACCUUCUUCUUCUUCUAAAUAUUAAGGGCCCACGAUCAAUUUAUUGAUCAUUUUGGCUCCUAUGCAUAUAGAGGGGAUUUGCAAUGUUUCUGUGCCUGGUGUUGAUGAGGACAUUUCCCUGAUUUCCAGUGCCACUUUGUGAGGGAAUCAUGCAGUGGGAGGUUUAAAGGCUUGAGGCAAUAGACACAAUUGUGUCUAGUGUUGUCGCCUCAACUGUUCCCCUUGACAGCUUGUUCCAGUCCCUGAUUGUCUUGGGCAGGAAUGAGCAGCUCCUAUACUGGCUUCUUGCUGGUAUGAGUCUGAAUUGCCUGUCAUGGCCUCGUCGCUGUCUAUGGGGGAGAGGGACGAGUUUCUGUUUAAUACUGGAACAGUGGACCAGCCCAUUGUUUAUCUUGUACAUCAUGGAGAGCCUGGAUUGUCGUCGUCGCUCCUCCAAUGGUGACCCGCCUAGUGUUUCCAGCAUGCUGCCAACACUAUAGGUAUUCAUGUAGUGGUUCAAGACAAAGCGUGCUGCUCGUCGCUGGACUGCCUCCAACCUGUCAAUGCUCUUCUGGCAAAAUGGGUCCCAGACUGAAGAUGCAUAAUCUAAAAUCGGACGAACAAAGGCUUUAUAUGUUCUUUCUUUCACACAGGAGUCGCCAAUCUUUAGAUUACGCCUUAAGAAUCCCAGAGUCUUGUUUGCUUGGUUACAUACAUUGUUAAUAUGCUCGUCCCAGCGGACCUCUCUUUGAAUGGUAACACCUAGGUACUUCACGGAGGAAACUGGCUCAAGUAUAUGGCCGUGCAGUUCGUAUUGGUAGUGUAGAGGAGUACAACUUCUAGAGAUUGAUAGUGUCUGGCACUUGGCAGGGUGAAAUUCCAUGUCCCAGCUCAUCUCCCAUUCAGCUAACAGAUUUAGAUUCUGUUGUAGCUGGUCUUGGUCAGAUCUGUUGGCGAUCGUCCUAUACACUGCUGUGUCAUCUGCGAACAGUCUCACUUGGGAUGUCAGUUUCUCGGGUAGGUCAUUAAUGUAUGCUAGGAACAAACAGGGGUCUAGCACUGAUCCCUGGGGGACCCCUGACUUCACAUCGACAAAGGAGGAGAUUGUACCGUCCACCACUACUGCUUGGCGUCGGUGGCUGAGAAAGAUAGAGAUCCAUGUUUUAGUGGUGCCUUGGAUCCCAUAUCUCUGGAGUUUGUGUAGAAGCAAACUAUGACUCACACGGUCAAAUGCCUUUGCGAAGUCCAUCACCAGCACGUCAGUCUGCUUGUGGUUCUCCAGAUUGGUCAUCAGGUCUUCUACAAAUUCAAGGAGCUUGGUCUCACAUGAUCUGUUGACUCGGAAGCCAUGUUGACAGUCACUGAUUAUGUUAUGGCUUUCAAGAUACUUCAUGACUGUGCUUACGAUUAUAUGCUCCAUCGGACGAUAGUUGGCAGGGUCGGAAUGCUCCCCUUUCUUGUAGAUUGGAGUGACAUGCGCUGUUCUCCAGUCUGCUGGAACAUUUUCUGUGCACAGCGACGAUUGGAAGAGGAUUGUCAGUGCAGGAGCGAUUUCUUUGGCUAAUUCUUUGAGCACUCGGGGUUUGAUGUUGUCAGGACCACAUGCUUUGUAGGGGUUAAUGGUUUUGAGGAGGGCAAACACACCUUGUUCUGAUAUCUGGAUAUCUCCCAUGACAGGGAAAGCUCUGCUAGCUCAUCAUUUUGGUCUUCAGAAGGAACUCAGCCUCCGAGUACUCUCUACCGUCACCAAAGACCAACUGAAACUGCUGAUUGAGUAUGUCAGCCUGUACUUUUGGGUCAGAUGUCAAAUGGCCAUCCCACCUCAGGGGGGAAACUCCACCGUUUGAGGAAUUUUGGUGCUUCACAUAGCUCCAGAAGCGCUUGUUCUUGACAUCUUUGGUCAGGGUGUCUUCCUCUGAGAAGAUGCCGUUCAUGUAGUUCCAAUAUGAUCUGCGCAAUGAGCGUUGUAUGGUUCGGCGGAGCCUCAGUACCUCCUCUUUCAGUUCAAUUGAGCCAUUUUUCUUCAUGCAUUUGUUUUGGCGGUCUCUCCUGUGGAUGAGCCUACGGAUUUCAGCCGUGACCCAUGGCUGAUCUAUCUUAGGUUUGGUGAUCUUUUGUGGUAUGCAUUUUUUCACUGGAAUCGAGUAUAGAAAAACAAACAAACAUGAUUUUGGAACAACCCAAAAUGGUAAAAAAAAAAGUACACGGCAACAACGGGCAAGCUACUCUGUUUUACAAAAUCUUGGACGUACCCCAUUGAAUAAUCAGUAAACUGCCAAACAAUUGUACGAUUUUGAAAGGAUGUUAUAUUAUCUUCUAAUUCCAGUGCUUUUGUCGAAUCCUGUCAACUUAAAAUUUAUCAUCUAACUCACCAGUCUUAGUAUAACAAUCCCCGAUCUUUGUUACUUUUUACAUUCAUAAAAUAUGCGCCAUUUUAAGGAAUUGGUUUUGAAGAAAAGUAACGCGCUGUGUUUGUUCUAGCCGACUGUACCAGAUUUCCAAGUUCUACCUGUUUGAGCCGUCCGGUGGCCUGUACGGCUGCCCCCUGGCUAUGACCAACGGAGCAGCUAAGACACUGGAGGUAAUGAUUUUGUUAACAUUGCAGUAAAUGUCUGUCAUAGUAUUUGAUGGAGUGGGUCUAACCGGAACACGGGCGUGUGCUCUCUGCCAUGAACUUUGGCCUUAUAGCAUGAACUUUGGCCUUAUAGCAUGAACUUUGGCCUUAUAGCAUGAACUUUGGCCUUAUAGCAUGAACUUUGGCCUUAUAGCAUGAACUUUGGCCUUAUAGCAUGAGCUUUGGCCUUAUAGCAUGAACUUUGGCCUUAUAGCAUGAACUUUGGCCUUAUAGCAUGAACUUUGGCCUUAUAGCAUGAACUUUGGCCUUAUAGCAUGAACUUUGGCCUUAUAGCAUGAACUUUGGCCUUAUAGCAUGAACUUUGGCCUUAUAGCAUGAACUUUGGCCUUAUAGCAUGAACUUUGGCCUUAUAGCAUGAACUUUGGCCUUAUAGCAUGAACUUUGGCCUUAUAGCAUGAAUGGAUCUACUGCAUGAGCAUUGUCCCUUACACCUUCAAUGAUCUCUGGCUUUAAAGUGCAAACUUUGGUCGUACAGAAUUUAUUUUUAAAAAAAUACACAGUAGCAUAGAAUUCACGUGUUGACAUGUUCUUCGGUCUGCCACCAUGAACUUCGAUCCGUCAUCCAUUACAUUUGGUUUCUUACAUGUAAUCUUUUUCCCUCCAAGUGUAACUUUUGACUGACAGCAUGGUGUUUAGUCUGUGAACGUAUACUAAAGAAAGACUCUGAUCCCAUUCUUUACCUUGCUAUUUUUUUCUUCUUCCUUUCCCCGUCUUUUUGUUUCAUUGUUUUCGGCCAGCGACUUACUAUCAUUAAACUUGAGAUGUCAAAUUUAUGUCACCAUAGUUCAAGUGUUCUCAUUGCUUUGAAACAUUCGUCUUCAGAUCUUCAGGGGCAAGCACUCGGGCGUUUACGAGAAGGCAUUUUCACGUCUAACAAGCAGAGAUCCCAGGACGUUCUGGACAUCCGGACAAUGGAUGACUGAGAAACAAGGUGGCUCUGAUGUCGGUAGGCGAUGUGGUCUUAUAAGCUAUUUACAGAGGGUGAUCACGAACUGUCAAGAGAUUUGCUCUUCAAAUCGACUGGUUGUGUCACAACCAUUUCAUACGUGCAGACAUGGGCGCCCACAGAAAACUUUCUAGGGGGGGGGGGCAAAAAAUCGAUUAACUUUCCAGGGGGGGGGGGCUAACAUUUUUUAGUAAUGUUUUAAUAUAGUUUUAAUUUACUGUAGGGUAUUUGUAUGGUGAACGAACGGACAGGACAUCAGCUUAGUUACUUUCUUUUUAUUUUUUCUUUACUUUAAUAAAUUUGUUUUUUUUUGUCUAAAAUUUUUUUNGUACAUUCAAUUGAUGAACUCACAAAGAUCAUUCAGUUUAUGUACUUACUAAGAACAUUCAAUUUAUGUACUCAUUAAGUACAUUCAAUUGAUGAACUCACAAAGAUCAUUCAGUUUAUGUACUUACUAAGAACAUUCAAUUUAUGUACUCAUUAAGUACAUUCAAUUGAUGAACUCACAAAGAUCAUUCAGUUUAUGUACUUACUAAGAACAUUCAAUUUAUGUACUCAUUAAGUACAUUCAAUUGAUGAACUCACAAAGAUCAUUCAGUUUAUGUACUUACUAAGAACAUUCAAUUUAUGUACUCAUUAAGUACAUUCAAUUGAUGAACUCACAAAGAUCAUUCAGUUUAUGUACUUACUAAGAACAUUCAAUUUAUGUACUCGCUAAGAUUAACGGAAUUACUCCACGGAAAUUCGUUUUUUUUAAUCACAUGGACAAUGGGAAGACCACCCUAUAUAUUUCCUAAGUUUUAUGCCAUGAAAAAACCAUUUCAGUGCCCUCCAACAUUUAUUUGACAGUGCUACCAAAGCUAUUUGACAGUGCUCCCAAGGCUAUUUGACAGUGCUCCCAAGGCUAUUUGACAGUGCUACCAAAGCUAUUUGACAGUGCUACCAAAGCUAUUGAAGUUGUGACAUACCUUUAUUUUUAUUUUAAAAAGUUCACAAUAAAUGGCAUAUGAAUAGACAGAUUAGUAUUCAGACAUUAUCAGUGAUACGUUAAGUUGUCAAGAUGAGGGACUGUUUUAAAAAAAAAGGCAAAGUUCUAAAAGAAAUAUAUAUUAAUUAUAAUUUUGUCUCUAAAAACCAAAAUAUAUCUGGCUGAGAUCCCGCCAGUGGCAUAUUGUGAUAUCUGGAAGAGAUCCCAUCGAUGACAUAUGGUGAUAUCUGGCUGAGAUCCACCAGUGGCAUAAGGUGAUAUCUGGCUGAGAUCCCACCAGUGGCAUAUGGUGACAUCUGGCUGAGAUCCCAUCGGUUAAAUAUGGUGAUAUCUGGCUGAGAUCCCACCAGUGGCAUAUGGUGAUAUCUGGCUGAGAUCCCACUAGUGGAAUAUGGUGACAUCUGGCUGAGAUCCCAUCGGUGCAAUAUGGUGAUAUGUGGCUGAGAUCCCACCAGUGGCAUAUGGUGAUAUCUGGCUGAGAUCCCACCGUGGCAUAUGGUGACAUCUGGCUGAGAUCCCAUAGGUGCAAUAUGGUGAUAUGUGGCUGAGAUCCCACCAGUGGCAUAUGGUGAUAUCUGGCUGAGAUCCCACCAGUGGCAUAUGGUGAUAUCUGGCUGAGAUUCUACCCGUGGCAUAUUGUGAUAACCGGCUGAGAUCCCACCAGUGGCAUAUGGUGAUAUCUGGCUGAGAUUCUACCCGUGGCAUAUUGUGAUAACCGGCUGAGAUCCCACCAGUGGCAUAAGGUGAUAUCUGGCUGAGAUCCCACCAGGGGCAUAUGGUGAUAAGAUAUGGACGGCCCCACAUUGACGAGUAUUUGUGUUGUAGUCAAUUUUGAGAAACACUUUAAGUACCAUACAAACAUACAAGAGCGUUAUUGUAAUUUAUGACAUAAAUUUGAUUUCACGUUCUUUACAGCCGGUGGCACAGAAACGCUUGCUGUCGAACAGCAGGAUGGAACCUACAAACUGUACGGGUACAAAUGGUUUUCCUCAGCAACGGAUGCUGACAUGACCUUGACACUGGCAAGAGUUGUAGACAAGCAUGGACGCGUUCAAGAGGUAUGUGUGCUGCUGUCCUAGAACGUCAGUCUCUUGAUAACUUGUGAUUUUUUUUUUCAGUCACUUCAACUUGUUCAGUUCCUCUCUCUAAGUCAGUUGCUCCGUCUUGUUCAUCUGCUCUGUCUUGUUCAUCUGCUCUUUCUUUUUCACUUGCUCUGUCUUGUUCAGUUGCUCUGUCUUGUUCUCUGGCUCCGUCUUGUUCACUGGCUCUGUCUUGUUCAUCUGCUCUGUCUUGUUCAUCUGCUCUGUCUCUUGUUCAGUUCCUCUGUCUUGUUUAGUUGCUCUGUCUUGUUCACUGGCCCUGUCUUGUUCAGUUGCUCUGUCUUGUUCACUGGCUCUGUCUUGUUCACUGGCUCUGUCUUGUUCACUGGCUCUGUCUUGUUCACUGGCUCUGUCUUGUUCAAUGGCUCUGUCUUGUUCACUGGCUCUGUCUUAUUUAGUUUCUCUGUCUUUCCUAUUAAUGUGUGGGUUUUUUUUUUUUUGUUUGUUUUUUAUUUUCUUGGCUUUGAAGGCGCUGGGGCCUCUAUACCUUCACAUGUAACAGACAUACUUGGAUUUUCUCAUUGUCCAAUGAGGUCUGUCAAUAUUAUUUACUUCCUAUUUUUUCACUGGCUCUGUCUUGUUCAAUGGCUCUGUCUUGUUCACUGGCUCUGUCUUAUUUAGUUUCUCUGUCUUUCCUAUUAAUGUGUGGGUUUUUUUUUUUUGGUUUGUUUUUUAGUUGCUUGGCUAUGAAGGCGCUGGGGCCUCAAUACCUUCACAUGUAACAGACAUACUUGGAUUUGCUCAUUGUCCAAUGAGGUCUGUCAAUAUUAUUUACUUCCUAUUUUCGACUAAUCAGAUGUUAUGCUGUACGCUUUUAGCUAACAGGGACGGGGCACUACUGAGCAGAUUCUAAACCUCCGAAAAGAAAGUGAGAAAUAUGCUCAGCACCAACAAAAGCUAUACCACGUCUUUGUGGACUUCAAGAAAGCAUUUGACAGGGUUUGGCAUGCUGCUUUAUGGGCUACCAUGAGGCACUACAACAUCAACACAAACCUAACCAGAAUGAUAUGCAACCUCUAUGAUAAGGUCACCAGUGCAGUCUUCCUCAACAACAACAUCGGAGAAUGGUUCAAGAUCACGGUUGGAGUUCGACAAGGCUGCCUGCUCUCCCCAACCCUAUUCAACAUCUUACUAGAGAGAAUUAUGUUAGAUGCUCUGGAAGCGCAUGAAGGGACAGUCAGCAUUGGUGGCAGAACAAUCACCAACCUACGCUUUGUGGACGACAUAGACGUGCUGGCUGGGAACGAAGAAGAGCUAGCCGACCUGGUAAAGCGUCUCGACAAGACCUCGUCGUCCUACGGCAUGCUAAUCAGUGCCGAAAAGACAAAACUGAUGACAAAUAAUACCACAGGCAUCACCACUGAAAUUAAGGUCGGAGAGGAGAGACUAAAGACUGUAGGCCACGUCAAAUACCUAGGAGCAAUAGUCUCAGAAGAAGGCUCCAAGCCCGAACUGAUGUCCAGGAUUGCGCAGACUACAACAGCACUAAAAAAGCUCAAGAAAAUAUGGAAUGACAAAAAUAUUGCCCCCAGCACCAAAAUCAGGCUGAUGCGCUCAUUAGUCCUCUCCAUUUUCCUGUAUGCUUGCGAGUCCUGGACAUUAACAGCCGAUCUUGAAAGGAAAAAAAAGGCGAUGGAGAUGAGAUGCUUCAGAAGCAUUUUGGUAUCUGCUAUAGGGACCAUAUCUUCAAUGUUAAAGUGAAAGAAAGGGUUCGUCAGGCAAUUGGGGAGUACGAUGACCUACUGCAAACUGCAAUGGUACGGCCACGUAACAAGGAAACAAGGGCUUGCCAAAGAAAUAUUGCAGGGCACCACAAGAGGAGGGAGAAGAAGAGGAAGACAAAGAAAAAGAUGGGAGGAUAACAUCAAAGAGUGGACAGGACUAACAAUGGGCGAUGCUGUGCGUAGUGCAGAAGAGAGAGACGAAUGGAGGAGGAUGGUUCACAUGUCAUCUGUGGCGCCCCAACGGUUCAAGGACUAAGGGACAUGAUGAUGAUGAUGAGAAUACAUUUCCUUGUUUUUCGUUCUUUGUUUUCGACGGUGACUUGCCAGUCCUCUUUUGCACGUCCUGAAUAAAGCAUCAUGUUACCAGUGGCUUUGUUUAUAUUUCAGGGUACCAAGGGCUUGUCCCUUUUUUACUUGGAAGUCAGAGACGAACAUGGGACCAUGAACAACAUCCAGAUGUUGAAACUGAAAAACAAACUUGGUACAAAACAGCUGCCAACAGCUGAGCUGUUGAUUGACGGGGCAACAGCACAGAAGGUACCAUAAAAUCAGACCUUUCAACUUUUCUUAUUUAAAGCUCGUAUUUAAUUCCUCGGGGUAUUGAUUUAUUUUAAACAGUGCAUGACGCAUUUGGCCAACUUUGCAUUGCUCCAGGGCAGGGGCGGCAACCUGUGUUGUGUGAGGAGAAUCAUAUGAUUAGUACAUCCACACAAAAAUAUAUAUUUUGGGUUAUUUUAAAAAUACUUUAUGUUAACUUCACUUUUGUUGGUGGCUGGCUAAAUCUUGGAACAACAGAGGCCCUUUUCAGAUUGACCAACAAUGAAACAAUCCCUCUAAAAAAAGUUGUUCAUAUAAAUCUUUUAUAAAAAUCUAAUGUCGAACAAGGGGGUGGGGGGAUGAAAAUUUGAAGAAAAAAAAUGCUUUCAUGUAACGCUCUUUAUAAGAAUCCCAGUUAGUGUCUCCCCCCCCCCCCCCGGGGCCGGGCCCCCAAAAGCAAUUUUUUUACAUCCCCCUUAAAUCUUUUAUAAAAAUCUAAUGUCGAACAAGGGGGUGGGGGGAUGAAAAUUUGAAGAAAAAAAAUGCUUUCAUGUAACGCUCUUUAUAAGAAUCCCAGUUAGUGUCUCCCCCCCCCCCGGGGCCGGGCUCCCAAAAGCAAUUUUUUUACAUGCCCCUGAACUCUUUAAUAUGGUAACGACCCACCCGCUGUUACGGCACAUAUUUUUGUACUAUUUCAGAAAAGAAAAAGAAAAAAAUUAGGCACUUAACACACUUGCGAUGUUUAACAAAACAUGAUAAUCUCGUUUAGCGCAGUUUUCAGGAUUUUUAUUUCCCGAAAUCAGUGCCAUCAAAUUCCCCUUCCACUUGACCAACAGGAUAAGCUGAUUUUUUGGUGGUUGGGGCUGAAAAUUUGAAAGAAUGUGAAGGCAUUGGAAACGCGUCUAUGGGCCAAGCUUCAGCUCAAUAGGUUGACGGGAGGUGGGUCGAUUGAGCUGUCCCAUGAUUUUGCCACACAGCCAGAUAAACAGAAAGAAACACAUAGACAAAAGCUUAGUAAAAAGAAAGGAUUUUAAAAAAAAAUAUCUCUUAGAAACUAAAAGAGGGUUACCUCUCUUUCUAUGUAUCUCCGUCUCGUGCCUCAUUUCUUUCUCUCACUCACUUUAUUUCACUCACUUUAUGAUUUAUCAAAGUCUCUAUCUCUCCCCCUGUCUCUUUUUUUUUUCUCUCUCUUUGUUGCGUUUUCUUUCGAACACUGUCACAAUCUUGCUUUUCUCUCUUUCCCUAUACAUUUCAUUUCACUCCUACCCCCCCCCCCCCCCCCCCAACUUCCUUGUACACAUGAUUACGUCAUGAAAACAUCUGUAAAUAAAUACUAUUUUAAUGCUCUCUUAAUAGUUAUCAGAUUAUUUAUGCAGCACAGGUACAUAAAGACACGCAUGAAUGAGUUGCUACAUGACAUAAUUAACUUUUCAUCACACCUGCGGCUUCAUGUGUCUUCAACAAACAAUAACUUAUCACACCCACGGCUUGAUGUGUGUUCAACAAACAAUAACUUAUCACACCCACGGCUUGAUGUGUGUUCAACAAACAAUAACUUAUCACACCCGUGGCUUGAUGUGUGUUCAACAAACAAUAACUUAUCACACCCGUGGCUUGAUGUGUGUUCAACAAACAAUAACUUAUCACACCCGUGGCUUGAUGUGUGUUCAACAAACAAUAACUUAUCAACCCGCGGCUUGAUGUGUGUUCAACAAACAAUAACUUAUCAACCCGUGGCUUGAUGUGUGUUCAACAAACAAUAACUUAUCAACCCGCGGCUUGGUGUGUGUUCAACAAACAAUAACUUAUCAACCCGCGGCUUGAUGUGUGUUCAACAUACAAUCCCACACUUGCACCUACCACUUUUUAUGAUUGCCUUGUACAAAAUGCUCUUUAUAAUUUAGGGAAACCUUGUUGUCCAGACACUGAACUCGCUGUUUGUUACCUUUAGAUAUCAGACGACGGGAGAGGUGUGUGGUCCAUGAGCAGCAUGCUGACCAUCACAAGGAUGCACACGGCCAUGGGGGCUGCCUCGGCCAUGAGAAGGUCAACAUCUUAUUCUUAAAAAGCCAUUUGAUAACAUUUGGGCGUGAAAGAUGUUUGCUUGAUGUUGAAUUAAUUUUUUUGUUCGAUGGCUGCGACUAUUCGUACCCGGGUACCAGAAGUGAGAGGUUGGGAUUAAAAAAAACUAUUUAAAAUAUUAUUUUUGGGUUUAUAAGACAAAAUGAGGUAUCAAAUGAAAAGUAAUUUAAUGGACUAUAUGUUUGUAAACUUACUUCUUCAGUUUAACUAAAAUAAACUACCAAAAAUGACUUCCGAAUAGCUUGAGUCUAAUGGUACCCGGGAGCGAAUGGCGGCGCUGCGUGUCUGAUGGGUCCAUUUUGAGAUCACCAAAUUGGGGUUAGCCGAUUCACUAGCUAUCCAAUCAAUCUUUAAAAAUGCAUGUUAUUUUCAUUUCAAAGUAUGAAUAUUGUGAACUUACUUUUUGAAACAUAUAUUCCAACCCACAGGAUGGUCAGUCUGGCCAGGGACUACGCCACCAGAAGGAAAGCUUUUGGGAAAGUUCUCCACAAGCAUUCACUGCACGUGCACACUUUGGCCAAGAUGGAGGUCGAGACGCGGGCGGCAACCAUUUUCGUCCUUGAAGUCGCACGUCUGCUGGGCAGACAGGAAGUUGCCACAGAAGGGAACGAACUCAAGGCAGAGGCAGAUGUCCUUAGGCUUGUCGUGCCGCUAGCGAAGCUUUAUGUUUCCAAACAGGUACAUGUUAAGCAGGGGUGGCCUUGGAAAUCUUGGCGCCCGAGGCAGUUCUAAAUUAGGGCUCCACUUCCUCCUACAAAAUUUCAGGUUGAUAUUAACUGUUUUCACAAAGUUAUUCUUUUACCUUUGUUGUUAUACAAGUUCCACUCAGGAUUUGAAGUUUGCAUACAUUAAAUAUUUCCUUUCUUUUACAAAAAGUUCUUUGCAUCUUGUUUUUUCCCCAUUCAGUCGGUAGCUGUGGCAUCCGAGGGUCUGGAAUGUUUUGGUGGCCAGGGAUACAUAGAGGAUACCGACUUGCCACGAAUUCUCAGGGAUACCCAGGUAGGCCAGAGAGUAAUUAUUCUGACAUGCGUUUGCGAUGGCUCAGGUAGUAAUUGUAGCAUGCGUUCCGGUGGGUCAAAGAGUAAUUGUAACAUGCCUUCCGAUGGGUCACAGAGUCAUUGUAACAUGCCUUCCGAUGGGUCAGAGAGUAAUUGUGACUUGCUUCCAAGGUGCUGAGUAUAUUCCCUGGGUAUAUAUUAUUUUUUUACAAAGUUAAAUACAACGAAAAAAUGUCUCCUGUGACACAUUAUCGAGAGGAGCAAAAGGUCAACAGGGCGAGGGUGUGGAUUGUGCAAAAUACGUUAACGGUGGCGCAGGCCUGCAUCUUAUUUUGAAAUCUACUAUUUUGAGACAAUGUUGGAAGAGGAAAGAAUUUAUUUCUUGAAAGAAGUAUUUUUUUUUUUUUUUAAAUUUUUUUUUUUUUUGGGGGGGGGGGUGUAAAAGAAAAUAUGAAAAAGAAAUAUGACACACAAAGGGGUUAAGAUCCAGUGAUGUAGACUGCAAAUUCCACCCUGUGCUUCCUUCACCAAUCGUAUUCUGACGUUGGUUAACUUGCCUACCAACUAAAUUAGCCACAUUUCUUUCAAUACAUAAUGCGUUACUAUUUUUGUUCCUUUAUUGGAAUUUGUCGUAGUAUUUAUUCACUUGAUUACAAAAAACCUUCCUUUUUGUGUGAGCAGGUCAAUGCCAUCUGGGAAGGGACUACCAACAUCCUGUCACUGGACGUCCUGCGGGCCAUCACCAAGUCUUCCGGUUCCGUCCUUGACCACUACCGUGACGACGUUCUGCAGCGUGUCAGCCCAGCGACGUCUCACAGUGAGCUGGGAGUGGCGGCCAAUGCCGUGGAGUCGGCCGUUAACAAAGUGCUGAGUUAUGCUGUCAAACUACCGGCUCGUUGCACGGAGAUAAGCGCCAGGGAGUUCGCUUACAGCUUGGCCAGGAUUUACAUGGGUAGGUGGCUCUGUUGUGAGCUUGGCCAGGAUUUACAUGGGUAGGUGGCUCUGUUGUGAGCUUGGCCACGAUUUACAUGGGUAGGUGGCUCUGUUGUGAGCUUGGCCAGGAUUUACAUGGGUAGGUGGCUCUGUUAUCUUAGCCAGGAUUUACAUGGGUAGGUGGCUCUGUUGUUAUCUUGGCCAGGAUUUACAUGGGUAGGUGGCUCUGUUAUCUUGGCCAGGAUUUACAUGGGUAGGUGGCUCUGUUGUUAUCUUGGCCAGGAUUUACAUGGGUAGGUGGCUCUGUUGUUAUCUUGGCCAGGAUUUACAUGGGUAGGUGGCUCUGUUAUCUUGGCCAGGAUUUACCUGGGUCGGUGGCUCUGUUGUUAUCUUGGCCAGGAUUUACAUGGGUCGGUGGCUCUGUUGUUAUCUUGGCCAGGAUUUACAUGGGUAGGUGGCUCUGUUAUCUUGGCCAGGAUUUACCUGGGUCGGUGGCUCUGUUGUUAUCUUGGCCAGGAUUUACAUGGGUCGGUGGCUCUGUUGUUAUCUUGGCCAGGAUUUACAUGGGUAGGUGGCUCUGUUAUCUUGGCCAGGAUUUACCUGGGUCGGUGGCUCUGUUGUUAUCUUGGCCAGGAUUUACAUGGGUCGGUGGCUCUGUUGUUAUCUUGGCCAGGAUUUACAUGGGUAGGUGGCUCUGUUAUCUUGGCCAGGAUUUACCUGGGUCGGUGGCUCUGUUGUUAUCUUGGCCAGGAUUUACAUGGGUCGGUGGCUCUGUUGUGAGCUUGGCCAGGAUUUACAUGGGUCGGUGACUAUGUUGUUAGCUUGACGAGCUUUUAAUUAUAUAAAAACUUCCCCAUAGAAAAAUCGUAUAGAAACAUAUAUUAAUCGCACUUUAUAGACACAUUAUAAAGAAACAUUAUAUUUAUCGUACCCUAUAGACACAUCAUAAAGAAACGUAUAUUAAUCGUACUAAAAAGACACAUCCUAUGUAUUCAUAAAAAGUUGAACAUACAAAGAAUAUCGAUUAAAAAAAAUUGUUUGAGUUUUAAAUGAGAUCAUUGUCGUUUAUAGUAGUAUGGUAUCUCAAUUAUUUUUCCCUUCUAAAAAUCAAUUUUAGUAAUUCUGAUUUUUUUUUUUUUUUGUUAUUUUAAAAAUUUAUAUUGAAUUUUUAUUUUUUGUUUGUUUUUUUAUUUAUUUGUUUUAUAUUGUUUGAUUAGAUUUAUAUUUUUUUAUUAGAUUUAUAUUCAUUUAUUAGAUUUUUUUUUAUUGAUUAUCGCUCUUUCGUUCUAUCAUUGUCUUUUAUAGUAGUAUGGUAUCUCAAUUAUUUUUCUCUUUUAAAAAUCAAUUUUAGUAAUUCUGAUUUUUUUUUUUUUUUGUUAUUUUAAAAAUUUAUAUUGAAUUUUUAUAUUUUGAUUGAUUAUUUAUUGAUUUGAUUUAUAUUGAUUGAUUAGAUUUAUAUUUAUUGAUUAGAUUUAUAUUCAUUGAUUAGAUUUAUAUUCAUUGAUUAGAUUUAUAUUUAUUGAUUAGAUUUAUAUUUAUUGAUUAGAUUUAUAUUUAUUGAUUAGAUUUAUAAUCAUUGAUUAGAUUUAUAUUUAUUGAUUAGAUUUAUAUUUAUUGAUUAGAUUUAUAUUUAUUGAUUAGAUUUAUAUUUAUUGAUUAGAUUUAUAUUUGUUUUCUCUAAGGAAGUAUUUUAAACCCCCGGAAACUAAAAAAAAACGGGGGUGGGGGGGCGGAGGGUGUAGUAUGAAGUACUAUGCAACCAGUCUAUAGAUGUACUAUGUAACCAGUCUAUAGAUGUACUAUGCAAUCAGUCUAUAGAUGUACUAUGUAACCAGUCUAUAGAUGUACUAUGCAACCAGUCUAUAGAUGUACUAUGUAACCAGUCUAUAGAUGUACUAUGCAACCAGUCUAUAGAUGUACUAUGCAACCAGUCUAUAGAUGUACUAUGCAACCAGUCUAUAGAUGUACUAUGCAACCAGUCUAUAGAUGUACUAUGCAACCAGUCUAUAGAUGUACUAUGUAACCAGUCUAUAGAUGUACUAUGCAACCAGUCUAUAGAUGUACUAUGCAACCAGUCUAUAGAUGUACUAUGCAACCAGUCUAUAGAUGAUGAUACGUUGGUCAGAUAUCUACAUGAUACGUUGGUCAGAUAUCUAGUACUAUGCAACCAGUCUAUAGAUGUACUAUGCAACCAGUCUAUAGAUGUACUAUGCAACCAGUCUAUAGAUGUACUAUGCAACCAGUCUAUAGAUGUACUAUGCAACCAGUCUAUAGAUGUACUAUGCAACCAGUCUAUAGAUUCGGUCUGGGCAGGAGAUAGUUUUCGUCCUUUUUUGAAGACAGGCGUGUGUACUGUGUUGUCAUAUGCACGUUUACCUGUCGUCCCCCUUUAGGUGCUCUCCUGAUUGAACACGCCAACCAUAAAGACGCUUCACCCACAGAUGUGUACACGGCCAACAGGUGGGUUUUAACAGGUGGGUUAGUUGACGUAGUGGGUUCAGAGACCGACAGACAUCAGGGCCGACAGCUACGCCACUGAUCUCUCUCUAUAGCCUUGUGGAAUAGUGACAUAACAUUUCUGUAAUAACCAGGGAAAGAAGCAUUGUGGGAUUAGACUAAGCAGGGUUAGGCCAGCGGUUCUUUAACCUGUGGGUCACGACCCGUUGGGGGGGGGGGGUCGAAAGACCCUUUCACAGGGGUCGUCUAAGACCAUCGGAAAACACAUAUCCUCCACAGUUUUGGAGGAAGCAACGAAAAUAAUUUUGUGGUUGGGGGUCACCACAACUUGAGGAACUGUAUUAAAGAGUCGCAGCAUUAGGAAGGUUGAGAACCACUGGGUUAGGCAGAGGUGGCGGUCUACCCCGGGAGGGCGGGCGGGGGGUGCACUUUUUUUCCUUUAUUACGAGUGGUGGCAUUUUACCAAUUGAGGAUUUUUGUUUGUUGUGCGCCAAAAUCUUGGCCCGCUCCGGCCAGCAUUAGCCCACUACACCACUGAUAAGAGUGGAAUAAGGCCCUUAAUGGCAGUACGUCAUUUAAAGUGGAGUUGGCGGUAUGUCAUUUAUAGUGGAGUUGGCAGUUUGUCAGUUAUUGUAGGAGUUGGCGGUCUGUCACUUAUAGUAGGAGAUGGUAGUCUGCCAGUUAUAGUAGGAGAUGGCAGUCUGUCAGUUAUAGUAGGAGAUGGCAGUCUGUCAGUUAUAUUAGGGAUUCUUAACAUUAUUUUAAAAUUUGCAUGUUUCUAGUUAUGACAACAUGUGUUUUUUUUUUGGUCAUAGAUGGUGUGAGCAAGACCUGACCCCACUCAUAACGCAUGGGGAACAUAAGAACUUCACCUCUAAAGCCGAGGAACUGAACACUGCGCUGGUCUUUGAUGGAUACUUACAUCCCAGCCGACUGUAACAAGGCACCAACCCUGGGAUACUGGCUGAAUGGCCGAACAAAAUGGGUUGUUGAAACUAGUGACGCUUUGUUUUAUCCAGGGGCAGAAACUCCUUCAAAACAAAUACAAUACAAGGAAGCUUGUAGUUUACAACACCUAGAUGGUGCAAGAUACGCUUGGCUGGAGGGGGG